CGCACGUGCGUCCCGAGCUCCGGUUGGCGGUGAGGGCCCGCGGGUCGCGGCAGCGGUCGGUCUGUCCCGCGCUCCCCGCAGGGCGCUUCUGCACAGGCUCUCUGGAGUCACCGCCUUGCCCAGACCCAGUAACCCCAGCUCUCCAGCAUCUCUGCCCGAGCGACACUGAACCUGUUCUAAUCCUCUUCUGGGAUACCUCGUGGACCGCUUCCUGCUUCCUUUGGAAGGAGUUCUUUGGAUAGAGCUUGCCUCCAGUGAGCCGUUUUCACCCUGACCCUCUCAACUAAGGCCACUGCUGUCUGCUCCCUCACGCACCUCACUGUUCUGGCUUUAAAGAGACGGUGGUUUCAAGAUGGCUGCAGCCCCUCAGGCACCAAAGAGGGGAUCUAUUCGGAAGACUAGACCUCUGGUUGUAAAGACAUCACUCAACAACCCAUACGUUAUUUCCUGGAGUACCUUGGAGAGAGAGGACAUACACUUUAUAUUACAGACACUCGAAGACAAGUUUAAAUCAAUUGGACUUCAGAAAAUUGAAGAUAAGAAAAGGAAAAAAACAUCUUUUAUAAAAAAGCAAAGAUGCAGCCUGGAUGUUGAGAUUAGUGAUGAUCCAAAAGAGGAGGUGCCUGAAGGGCAUGUGCAGGUGUCAGGGUGGACACCUGCACACGUCAGGAAACAGCUGGUCAUUGGCGUUAAUGAAGUCACCAGAGCCCUGGAAAGGAACGAACUGCUCCUGGUUCUAGUGUGUAAGUCGGCUAAGCCUGCCAUGAUCACCUCACACAUGAUUCAACUGAGUGUAAGCAGAACUGUUCCUGCCUGUCAGGUUCCUCAGCUCAGCCAGAGAAUUGCUCCUGUCAUUGGCUUAAAAUGUGUGCUAGCCUUGGGCUUCAGAAAGAACACUGUGGACUUCGCUGAGGAAGUACAAGCCAUCCUUCCCAGGGUGCCCAGCUUAAAUGUGCCAUGGCUUCAAGACAGAACCCAAGAUCCCAGAGACAGUUUAGAGACUGAAUCUUUGGAAAGCCAAGAUAAAGACACUGCGGACACUUCAUUUGAUGAUGUUACAAAACUUAGUAAGAGAAAGCUUGCUGAAGGUGGCCAGGCUUCAGCUGCAACAUUACAACCCCUUAGAAUAAAGAAACUCCUUCCCAACCCUAGUAAGAUAAGGAAACCACCCAAAAUUAAAAAAUCUGUUUCAAAGUAGUUUUAUAUGAAUUUGUCAUUUCAUGUAAGAACAUGGUCUAAAUAAGCUUUGAAACAAACAAAGGCAAAUAUGUUUACGUAUGUUCUUAGGACCCUGCAUGGAGGUGUUUUCCUAACUGGGUGGGCAGACAUGCUGAAACUUAAAGCAUG